CUGUGUCUACAUUCUCUGUUCUGCUAAUUUGGCUCGAAUUUUGCCCUAAAAAAGUCAACUUUCCGACUACCCAUUUCGCUUUCCGGUGACCUUGAUCCACCAGUUUCAAUGGAGACCCCUUUAUCGAUGAGAAGAGUCACUAGAUCGAUGACUGCAUUGAACAACUCCGCCACCAAUAGUAACAGUGUUCCAGUCUCGAGGAAGAUUGAAGAUUCUGAGACGUGUGUUUCAAAAUCAAGAACAAGAAACGCAAAACAGCAACAAGAUCGAUCUGCCCUUUUUGACAUAACCAACGAUUCACCGAUUGUUGGGCUCGCCAUGCAGAGACCGUCAUCGGCCAUAACCAAGCAGAGCAACAGACACAAGAAGACUCCUGGUUCUGGUGAGGCCCUGCUCAGGGGCCAGGUCAAGACUUUGCUACAAAAGGUUGAAGAAGAAGCUGAACUUUCCAAACUGUCAAUGGAGAGCCGUCCGUUUCUUCACCUCAAAAGUUUUGUCAAUUCUCCGAUGGGUCUUCUUGCUCCCACACCGGCAAACACACCCCAGGUCACUAAUCUCUCCGGCGUUGGAGGUAUUAGCAAUGAUUUUGUUUUGGUUACCGCUUCCCCUGUUUCUGAAGAACAACAGACGAUGAAGUCUCAGGUUGUGAAUGAUAUUUUUGAGGGUGCAAAAGAAGAGACUCUGGAAUCUCAAAAGAGUUUGAUUACCCGGUCUCUGCUGCUGGAUUUCUGUGAGAAAUUCGAGACCUCUGAUUCAUCGGAAUGCCCAUCGGAUGUGAGUCAUGUGACAACAGGAAACAGUGAAAGCAAAGAGAAGUCAACACCAGAAGAUGAUGAUGCUUCUGUUUGGUCUAUUCAGGUGAAUGCAAGCAUUCAUGAUGAAGAUGAGGAGGAAGAAGUAAUUGAAGAAGUAGAAGAGGUGGAAGAUGAAUACAAUAAAGAAGGAGAAGAAGAUGGAGGGUUGGUUGAUGAGCUGUGUGAAGGAAUAAGCAAGAUAAGCAUGAAAGCGAAGCACACGAGGUUUGUGUACAACAGUGAUGGUGAACUUGAAAGGGAAGAAGAGUGGGAGGUCCAACAGAAAAACACUUCGAUCCAAGAUGAUGAAAAAGGUGGAAACUUAUCAUUCUCAUUCCUUUUCUAAUAUAAAAAACAAAAUGUACC